AAGGGGUAAAGGUUUAUGAUUUUUCACGGUGUGGGAGAGACACCUCCCAGAACACAGGAGAGCUUAUCAGACCCAGACUUCAGGGACCCGAGGCCCUCCUGGCCGGCUCGCAGCCAGCACUCCCUUUUCCUCUGUCCGUCUGUCCUUUUGUUUAUCGCCCACUUAGGAGAGAGGACCCUGGAUCAGGUCCUAGGGUGGUGCCGGGUCAGGUUAGGGAGGUGGCCAUCACUGCCAGGAAGAGAGAAGGCCUUUGACCCCCAUCAAGCCUGCACCAGCCUCCCAGGCAGGUCCUCGCGAGGGAAGCCCUCUGAGCAGCCAGCCGAGAGCCCUGCCGCCGGCCCUCAGCCCGAGACUGGAGCUGCUCGGUUCCUUGGCAACAUCCUGAGGAAUCCAGCCGCCGCGCACUGGCUCCCUUCCUCUCCCCUCCCACCCGCCUGCCUGCCGGGGGCGGAGGCACAGGCAGCGGCUGCGGAGCCCCAUUAUAAAACGCGAGGACGUGCUCCGGCGGUGGGGUCACAGCACCGAUCUGGGACGCCGGCUCCGCGGCCUGCCCUGGCCCCGCCUGGACCCCCGCCCGCCCUCAGCCAUGGCUCCUCCAGCUCCAUCGUGGCUGCUCCGCUUGGCUGCCAUCUGCCAUCUGACCAUGCUGAUGGCUGCUUCAAGACCCAACGGAAACUACAGAUCUGUGCUGACCCAAAGGAGCAAUGGGUCCAGAAAGCCAUAGAGCAUCUAGACCACCGGGCUGCUGCUCCAACUCAAAAUGGCGGCACGUUUGAGAAGCAAAUCGGCAUGGGUGAGCCCAGGAGCGCCCCAGCCACCAGUGGAAUGAAUAGGUCCGCGGUCACAGAGCCCAGAGCCACAGGGGAGAGCAGUAGCCAGGAGGCAAAGAGGGCCUCAGGGGCCUCUCCAGAACUGCCAACAGGAGAGGCUGGUUCCCGGGGGAACAGGAACCCCUCCACUUCAAAGGCUGCAGACGGAGGGCCUCCGGUUUGGCCCGAGACAACUGAGCCGUUCAGCCCAGCCGACGUCAACACUGCCAUAUUGUGGCAGAGUUCUGCUGCCUACAGACCUGGGUCGGUUCUCGGGGCUGAAGAAAAAGCCUCUGAGGCUCCCUCCACCCAGACCCUCUCUACCCCAGCCCUUUCUACUGAGGUCUCCUCCACCCAGACCCUGGCCCUUUCCACCCAGGACCCCACCAUUUCACACACAGCCCCAGAAGACAACACAAGGCCUGAAGGCCAACCUGUGUGGACCAAGGGCCAGAAACCCACACCAGAGAACUCUCUAGGGCCAAAGGAGACGGGUCCCACCUCAGCUCACAUGGAUGCUUUCCCAGGGCUGGGAAGCACACCCCGUGUCCCUGUCUCCUCUGCAGGGGCCCCCAGCAGGGAACCAGUGGCCUCAGGUAGCUGGGGCCCCAAGGCUAAGGAGACCAUCCAUGCCACUGUGGACCCCCAGAAGCUGGGUGUCCUCAUCACUCCUGUCCCUGACUCCCAGGUGGCCACCCGGAGGCAGGCGGUGGGGCUCUUGGCCUUCCUUGGCCUCCUCUUCUGCCUGGGGGUGGCCAUGUUUGCCUACCAGAGCCUCCAGGGCUGCCCCCACAAGCUGUCAGGGGACAUGGUGGAAGGGCUUCGCUGUGUCCCCCGGAACUGUGCCAGUAACUCAUAUGUUUUGGUGCCAGUGUGAUAGCCCACCUGCCUGCAUCUAGCUGUUUAACUCAGACAGCUUCCUGGGGUCCUUCGUCCUCACACUCACCCUUACCCAAGGGCCUGACCCAGACUGGGGUGAUUGGAGCAGGGAGGUGGGACCUCCCAGGUGGGGCUGCUCCCAGCUCCCAGGCCUACUCCAGGAGGUCACUCUUGACCAUUCUUGACCUUCUGGGGACAGAGAUGAUGGCCUCUGCAACUCACUCCAAUGACCCUAAGUCAGAAAACCCUCUUCUGCUGCUGGCUAGUUAGAGGUUCCCUUUGACACAGUCCCAGCCCCAGUGAACAAUUAUUUAUUGAACACCCAGCCCCUCUGGCCCAUGUCCCCAAGAGAGUACCACAGUCAUCCCAUCUCACAGAUGAGCUGCAGGCCAGGUGCCGUCUGUCCGCUGCCUCAGACCUCACUGUGUCUCUUGGUCCCACUGCAGUUGCCAGUCACCCCGGCCACUUGCGGUGCUAUCUCCCCUGUCCCCUGUACAGAGCCCAUGCCUCAGCCGGGGGGCCUACCUUUUUUUGCAUGAGGCUAGUGUGUUUCCUGGGACUGCUCCCAGCAAAGGCUCUGCCCUCGGUUGCCAUGGGAGGGGGUGUGGGAGUUCUCCAGUAGCUCUGACUUCUUUCCCUCCUCAGUCUUUGCUGUGCAAUGGGGAAACAUUAACUGUGCAUGUGAAGGCUGGGGUUCGGGUCCCAGGCCCACCACCAGCCCGACAAGGCAUCUGUAAAGAAGGAUGGUAAAUGUGUGGCAAUAACCUGUAUCCCUGAUGUCAUCAUGAAUUUAUCCAGAGACCCAGAGCAUGGUCUCACAGCCUUCAGCGGCAGAGCAGCUUAGUCACUCUCUGCCAACCAGUGGGACUGGCACGUCCGUGAACCCUGGACUUGGAGGGCAGUCUCCACUUCCCUCUCAUUGUCCCUGAGAGUGAUCUUUGCCCUCCCCCUGAGCAGCCUCCCACGGGCUGGGCUUCCCCUGGGUGCGGGUGACAGUCUACUUGGCAAAUAAAUGCCCAGAGGAAGCAAAGGAAACUGGUUCUCAGAGAGAGAGGGCAGCCAUGCUGCUCUGCCCACCUGCAAAGGGGGGCACAACAGGACUGAAUGCACUUUUGGGGGGCUCCUCCACAUUGGGAGAACCUUCAGGGGGUGGGACACCCAUGUUGGGGCUCCCCUCCCUUGUGAGAAGGCAGCUGGGGCCACUGGUCCCCCUUCCAUAGACUUGAUUAGUUCCCCCAAGCAGGACAUGGACAGGGACAGUUUUGGGGGGACUUUAGAAGAAGUUGGUUGAUCCUUUUGCUUUUCCAACCCAAUCACCAAUGUCCAUGCCAUUUUGUAAUUUACUAAUAAAAUUGAAAAGUCUUGUGAAUCGAAUAAA